AUUCAACGCCUGUUGCGUGGCUUCAAAGUUACAGGAGCUCCCGUGAACCCUUGAGCUCUGUCAACACCAUGUACGAGGACUCUUGGUAUACGCUGAUGCCCGACUUGGGCACCAGCAAGAAGAGUCACUCUAGUAGCCAUAGUCAAAGUCAUGGUCACCGCCGCAAGGAGUCUCUGCUCCAACAACCCAAUGAAACAGGCCAAACACACGAAGCUGCGACGCCAAUGCCAAAUGUUUACGAAGAAAUCGAGGAUACCGACACUCCGCCAGAACCGACGGUCCUUCGCCGUGCCAGUUCCUACUCCGACUUCUAUCGAGUGGUCAAGGAACAGCUGUCUAAAGACACACGACCACGGCCUAAGAAGACCGACAAGCACAGCAGAGCAUGGGAAGCUCUGACGCUUCCAGACUCUAGUCAAGAACUUGAAAAACACGACGCCAUUAGCCUUGAAUCGUACGAUGAGCAAUUGCUGGAUGCCAGUCAGCAGGAAUACUUACUAUAUCGCGACCAACUUACUGUCACGGAGCGUCACUUAGAUGGGCUUAUCGAAGAUGCAAACGCGACGCUAAAACUUCUUACCUCCCUAUCGAACUCUUUCGGCUCCGUCGAGGCGCAAACGUCAACUUUCCAAUCGCAAUGCGAGGAACUUUUGCAGGAACAAAGAAGGCUGGAAGUCUUGGCCGACGACGUCGGAACCGAUCUUCAUUACUAUGCGUACCUCGACAAUGCAACAAGACGUCUCAAUGCGCCAGGCGCCAGCCGACUGGUCGAUGAUGCCUCUUUUGGAGAGAUGGUCGAGAAUAUUGACGCCUGCAUCGUCUUUAUGGAGAAUCAUCCGACAUACCGCGACCGCGAUACCUAUCUUGCACGAUACACUGCGCUCCUCACAAAAGCCCUUCAUCUUCUUGAGCAUGGCUAUAAGACCUCACUGGAAAAGGUAUCACCUGAAAUCGGCCGUCAGAUUAUAGCUACAAAAUCCGAGUCGGCUCGCCAUGCGCUUGCGUAUGGUCGUUUCCAAGAGAUGAUGCUGGACUCGUAUGGCUUGAUACCCAAUGUUCACCGAAUCAUACGCCGCGCAUAUGAUUCUUACGGCCAGCGAAACGAGUCCUGCACUCACUUUGAGACCUACGCAAAUACAGCUAAUAGCAUCAUUCAUACCCAUCUCACGACACGAGAUCGCGACUUGAAAGUUUUGACGCAAUCUGAUAUUGCAGAGUUCCAUAAAGAAGUCAAGAGCCUUUCGGCUGAGACAGCAUCGCGAAAUUUUAUCAAGCAAUGCUUCGAACGCAUGUACAACGAGGAGAAUCUGUUCGUGAAACUCUUUGAUGUGGAACCCAUAUGGACACAGGCAGCAGACUCAGUGUUUCAGGCGAUCAAACCCAUCAACACCACCAUUGCUCAUCCUGGCAACUUGACGCCAUUGGUGACUAACCUCCAGACUGUCCUACAGACUGCACCAUUGGAGACGACGUGCAACGUGGUGGGCUUGUUAGCCAACGAAUAUUUUGGUGCCGAUUUAGAUGAUAUGGAGUCGCCAUAUUUCAUCAAAUGCAAGCAAUACACCUCACAACUUCUUGCCCAUCAUCUGUGGCCCUUGACAGAUACAGUUUUUGAGGCGGAAGUCACAAAAACGAUCACAAAGGCGCCUGUUCAAGACGCUUCUCUGAAGAUCGGACCUGUUGUCGGUGGCGUAGCGUCAUCGAACGCCCAUCCCUUAGUCAAACAAGCCAUUAAACUUCUGAGCAUGUAUGAGAAUUGCAUGCCUAAAGAAAGAUCUUCAAAAAAUAGUUCAGUCGUGUUCAAUAUUGUUCGAGAAACCAUUCAGGUGCUCCAACGCGCAGAAGCAAGGAUACAGUCAUUAAAGGCUGGCACAGAUCCUGAUCUGUUUAUGGUGAAAAACUUACUCAUCAUAAAGAAUGAGCUGGUUUCGUUGGAGAUCGGUGACAUUCGAAACCAUGGUGCUUCUAUGCAGCACUUUGUUCACAUCUGGGAUACCCUGAGCCCCCAGAAUUGGGUCGGUUUCUUUUCCAACAUCAUCGGUGGCGGUCUAUGGUCUAGAGGCACACCCUCCGUGACAGCUAAAACCUUGACUGUUGAGGAUAUGAACGAGCAGCUUGAUGAGUUACUGCGACAGUCUAUCUACAACUUCACACAUCGCUGGGGUACUCUGAUGAACGACUCGCAGAAUAGAAAGCCUGGAGUGAAGCCAAUCGCGAAGGUGGAAGCUGAACUAGAAAGCUUACUCAUGACUGCGUUCAGCAACCAGCCUGAAGUGGUUGGAAAACUGAAGGAGGCUAUUGAGCAGCAUGCGCAGGCGCAGAAUGAUGCGAAAGAUGAGAAGCAAGGAGUAAGACGAUACUGAAGAGAAGGAAAUUGGGUGUGACAAUAGAAGCGAGUAUUGCCUGAUAUAAAGAUCCAGACUGACGAUCUUGGAAUAAUGACCAAUUUCAUAUGCACAUACAAUCGUACAUACCUAGGUACCU